AUGGCGUAUUCUUGCGCCGUGCACGGCGCCUCGUGGAUCGCCGUGGUCGCUUUCCUUGUUGCUUCCGGCAGCGUCAUCCGCGUAGAGGCGAGGUACGGCCCUAGGCACUGGAGCCCUGCCCCUGCCCCUGUGGCGGCCCUCGUCAGCGAGCAGCUGUACAACUCCCUGUUCCUGCACAAGGACGACGCCGCCUGCCCCGCCAAGGGCUUCUACACCUACGCCUCCUUCAUCCAGGCCGCCAGGACGUUCCCCAAGUUCGCCGCCACGGGAGACCUCAGCACCCGCAUGCGCGAGGUCGCGGCCUUCUUCGCGCAAAUCUCUCACGAGACCACAGGCGGUUGGGCGACGGCGCCGGACGGCCAGUACGCGUGGGGCCUGUGCUACAAGGAGGAGAUCAGCCCGGCGAGCAACUACUGCGACGCGACGGACAAGCAGUGGCCGUGCUACCCGGGCAAGUCCUACCACGGCCGGGGCCCCAUCCAGCUGUCCUGGAACUUCAACUACGGGCCGGCGGGGCAGGCGCUGGGCUUCGACGGCCUGCGCAACCCGGAGGUGGUGGCCAACUGCUCCGAGACCGCGUUCCGGACGGCGCUGUGGUUCUGGAUGACGCCGCGCCGGCCCAAGCCGUCGUGCCACGAGGUCAUGGUCGGCGAGUAUCGCCCGACGGCCGCCGACGCCGCGGCCAACCGGACGGCCGGCUUCGGGCUCGUCACGAACAUCGUCAACGGCGGGCUAGAGUGUAAUCGCACGGACGAUGCCCGAGUCAACAACCGGAUUGGGUUCUACCAGAGGUACUGCCAGAUCUUCAACGUCGACGCCGGCGCCAACCUCGACUGCGCACACCAGCAGCCGUACUAG